GCAAGGGCGUAUUCGUCAUUUGAUUUUGAGUGGUGAUUUAAAAGACGGCAGUUCGUCAAAGAAAUUUCCAACCGAGGCUACCGCGGUCGGUGUUCUCUCCCUCUUGAUCAAAGCUUCUUCCUGUAGCUUCACCUUCCCUUCCCAGUUCGCUUCCCACUUCGCAGUUCGCACAUAGUCGGCGACCGCGAGUUCGAACCUCCUGUUCCAGAUCGGCAGAUCCAGUUCGGACUUUGGUUCCACCUUCCCAAUUUCGCAGCUCGCACUCUCGCAGACUCGCAGUACUCCUUCGGACCUUCCGUCCUUCGGCAUUUAUAGCAAACAUGGAAGCCAACAGGGGUCAGAAUGGAAUUCAAAUCUUGCUUGCUGCUGAACAAGAAGCUCAACACAUUGUCAAUGCUGCCAGAAAUGCUAAAAUGGCCAGACUAAAACAGGCCAAGGAAGAGGCUGAAAAGGAGAUUGCUGAGUUCCGUGCUCAUAUGGAAGCUGAGUUUCAAAGAAAACUUGCAGAGAGCAGUGGGGACUCUGGUGCUAAUGUGAAGCGCCUCGAGCAAGAGACGGAGAUAAAGAUCAAUCAUCUGAAGAUAGAGGCUGCACGGAUAUCCCAUGAUGUUGUCCAGAUGCUUCUGAAGCACGUGACAAGUGUGAAGAAUUAAGAUCUCGGAUAAAGGUUAACGGGCUAAAUGUCAGAAACUCGUACUUUCCAGUUUUAUAUUGUAACAUGGAAAUUUCUGCUUGCUGGAAAUAAUUUUCAUGUAAUUUUCUGCACUUUGUAUUGGUUGAUUGCUGUAUCCCUUUAUAAGAUGAGCAGGCCACUGUGUGCUCCAAACUGAUGCAGUUUCUGAUAACGGGGAGGCAAUAUCAUUUAUUAUGUUUUAUGCAAACGAACGCCCCCGAGAGUUCAAUAAGGUUGCUAGUAACUUGACAUUUGAUUUUUUGGGAAACGAUUUUUGGAAUGUAUUCUAUAUCAGUGCAACAAGAUUGAUGAGUUCUUUGUCA